CGCGGCGAGAAUGUUACUACAUCCACCCGGGAUCGUCCGCUAAAAAGGAGGAAAAUCACAGGCUUCCAGAAAAGUUUUCCUGCCGUGAGUGGAUCGGGCUCGCGGACGACCGCGCCCUGAGGAUUACGCGUUGUUUUAUAUCAUCGACAUUAUUUCAGAUUAUGGACGCGUUGAAAUCAGCCGGGCGUGCGAUCAUUCGCAGUCCCAGUCUGGCGAAACAGUCGUGGAUCUCUGGAAGACAUAAAAAGCUGCCGGAGAACUGGACAGACACGCGGGAGACUCUGUUGGAGGGGAUGGUCUUUCAGCUGAAGUAUUUGGGCAUGACACUGGUACAGGAACCCAAAGGAGAAGAGCUCUCGGCAGCCGCUGUAAAGAGAAUCGUUGCCACAGCUAAAGCAAGUGGUAAGAAGCUUCAGAAGGUGACGCUAAAGGUUUCUCCUCGAGGAAUUGUUCUCCAUGAUGGCGUAUCAAAUCAGCUGAUGGAGAACAUAUCCAUAUACAGGAUAUCAUACUGUACGGCAGAUAAAGUGCAUGAUAAAGUGUUCGCCUACAUCGUUCAGACUCAAGGCAGCGAGACGCUGGAGUGCCACGCAUACCUCUGUGCCAAGAAGAAGGUGGCUCAGGCCGUGACAUUAACUGUGGCCCAGGCCUUCCGUGUGGCGUUCGAGUUUUGGCAGGCUGCUAAAGAAGAGAAAGAGAAAGGGAAGCAGGUGAAGUGUGUAUCAGAUGAAGAAGCAGCGAGCAGCUCUCAGUCUGAUAGUUCAGCGAGUUUGGGCAGCGUGAGAGGAGGAGAGGUGGCCACGGGGAAUCUUCUGGAUCUUGGAGCUGGUGUGAAAGAUCACUCACGACAGAACCACACACACCCUGCACAGAACUUCAGUACAGAAAACAACAACACUGUAUGGGAACUGGAGGAUGGAAUAGAUGAAGCCUUUUCAAGCCGCAGUCUGGAUAGUUUUGAGUCCAACACAGGUAAACCUGAGCUGUAGAGAUAGCUGACUGUUCUCUAGUCUUCAUCCGUCAUAAUCCACCGUGAUCAUCCACUAUGUCACAUUAGUCCAGUUCUCCUGUGUACUGUGUUCUCGGCAUGUUCACAACCCUGUCCUAGAUUUUGUUUUGUUCAUGGUUCUCUGCCAGGAGAAACGUCACUUGGUUUCAUCUUCACAUUUACAUUUGUCUUAUUUGCAGCUGACCGUUUCAUGCCAUCAUCACAGUGUUUGUUAUAUAGACCUUAAGUCGUGUAGAUCCCAUAUUUAAGAUGACGCAAAGGAUACAGAGGCUAUAAAAGACAGCUGUUUUAUGGGUUUUAUUGCGUACCUUGAAGUAUUUUAUGGUUUUAUUGUUAUUGAAGAAUUUGACAGCACACAUCCUCAUUUAUUGACGAGAGACGUUUUAAACAUUAAGACAUUACGACAGUGUAUUAGUCCCACAUAAAAAUAAAAUACGAUUGACAUUAUUGUCGAAAUAUUAUUACUUUUUUUGAUAUGACUAAAUUCUUGGAAUUUUGAUGAUCAAAAUUGUACAACUUUAAUCUUAUAAAGCGCAGUGCUUAUUAUACAAAUUUUGACUUUAAUCUAGGACAGCUACAUUAUUCUGUAAUUAUAAUUUUUUACAAAUAUUACGACUAUAAUAUCGCAACUUCAUUCUCAAAAUAGUACGACUUCAAUCUUGUAACGUUACGACUUCCUUCGCAAAAUGAAUAUUGUAAUGCUACAUUAUUGUUAUUGGAAAUAUUUACUUCAGUGUAAUCUCUCAAUGCUAUGACUUUAUUCUCAACAUUGUACAACUUGAAAUCUCAUAACGCUGUGACUAAAUUAUACAAAUUUUGACACGCAUUUAACAGACUUUGAUUCAUGUACCACAUUACAAUUUUAAAGUCUGAAGUUCUAGAUUCAUUUCACUCUUUAGUUUUUUGAGAAUUUCUUAGUAAAAAUCUAAAAUAAAUAUUAUUAUUUAAAUAAAAGUAUUUCCGUUCUAUUUACAAACUCACGACACACAUUAGUUGUCAAUAAAUAGCCUUCAUUUAUUGAAAGACAUUUGUUCUCUGAUUUGACUCCCGCAAUUUUGACUUUUUAUUUUUUAUUACGGGGCCUUAAAACACUGUCAUAUGACAGCGAGUAAAUAAUAUACAAAUUAAAAAUGUCAGUGUGAAAAUCCCUGUACCACAUCAAUGUCUAUUACAGCCUCAUUUUCAUGCGUCCAAUGUAAAAUGGCGCCUGCUCUGAGGACAUUACAGACAGGACAGGGUUAUCCAAACAACGUUUUUGUGUUCGCAGAAACUCAAAGGUUUGAAUUUACCUGAAGAAAUUUAACAUCAUUUUCUCUGAAUUCUAGAAAUAAAGGAAUAAAAGCAUUACUUCAUCUGCAUGAAUUGUGUUCAAUUAAAAGAAUCAUUUAAAAUCUCAUUCCUGAACUGUUGAUCAGUCCCAUCCUUAUGUUAUCAAUAAUACAAGCAGCAUUAUAAUCAUGGUUUUAAUUGUAUAAAGUACACCUGAACAGAGAAAAGCAGAGUUCACAUGUAUAUUUAAUGUGCUGUUUCAGCUCUACCAUCAAUGUUUUGAAGCUCAUCUGGAGAAUUUGUGUGGUUUCUGUCCUGUAUCUUUGGGUUUGACAUGCGUCUCACACAUUUCUGUACGUGUUUUUCU